UCUAUAUCGGAUACAAUUCUGGUUUACAUCCGGGCAUGACUUCACACAUUGUGCUGGUGACCGGUGGUAGUGGAUUCCUUGGUCAGCAUGUAGUCAAACAUUUAGAUAUGUAUUGUGAUGAUAUUACGGAAAUACGAGUCCUAGACAUCAGACCGUAUGAAAAGAAUUUGGAUUUUGAAGACAGAAAGCCAGUGACAUCUAUUACAGGAAGUCUUACUGACCCAGAUGUCGUGAGGAAAGCUUGUAAAAAUGUCAAAUGUGUCUUCCAUAUUGCUGCGUUGGUUGAAUAUAAAUUGUUUCCAGAUAUCACAGCAUUAAACGAGAUAAAUAUUCAGGGUACCCAAAAUGUAAUAAAUGCAUGUAAAGAAGAAGGGGUUGAAAACUUGAUAUACUGCGGAAGUAUCUCGUCCUUUUUCGAUGGACACGAGGUAUUUGAAGGGACAGAAGAAACUGUACCAAUAGCGAAAAAUCCGCUUGGCGAAUACGCUGUAUCAAAAAAAGUUGCAUUGGAAAUGGUUAUUAAGGAAAAUAGAAGUGUUUUAGAAAAUGGCAAAAUUUUCCAAACAGCAGCCGUAUUACCUACAUCAAUGUAUGGCGAAGAAGACCGGAGGAGAUUAGAAAUUGCCUCGUUUUAUAAAGAAGGAACUGUGUCUAGGAUUGUCGGGAAGACAACAUCAUUGUUGCCUCUUGUUUACGUAGGGAAUGUGGCAAUGAUGUUUGUAAAGGUCUAUGAAAGGAUGGGGAGAGAUAAUGGUAUUGGCGGCCAUUAUUUUUUCACUGUUGACGACACUCCCCCUCAAUCUGCUUUUGAAUGUGGACACAUGUACAUACCGAAAGAAAAUGUAAAGAUAACUUUGUCCUGGUGGUAUAUACCAAUGUUUGUAACCAUAGCAAUGGUUACACUGUUCUACUACCUUCUCUUACCAAUACGACCAUUUUACAAAGUUAAUUUGCCAAUAUCAAACUGGGUUAUUUUAAGUAUGAAUAAAACUUGCAUUUACAAGAAUGAUAAAGCUAAGAAAAUGCUCGGAUAUAAACCGUUAUACGACUAUGAAACAGCACUGAAGAAGACGAAGGCGUUUUUUGGCAGUGUAGGACAAACAUGAAUAAUUAUAUUUUUUUAUUUAACAUAACUAUACAUAUAUAUCAUCUUUCAUUCAUAUACUCAAUCAAAAUAGGUUUGUAUUUGAUAUUUAAUAAAUAAAAUAAUUUAGAAAUA